CUGUGGUGUCGCACUCUUAUGACGUCACAAACCCGGAUAACUCACCCCACCAGUACGCACAGAGGAAACCCACAGUUCCUUCCGGGUUGCCCCGGAAGUAGCAUAGAGCACUUCCUGCCCGGCGCAGAGCGGCGACCGGAAGGGACCGCUCAUUGUUGGCACUGGAGGACUCGCGAGGAGGCCGCGAGUGGCCCCCCCCCGGUGGUGAAGAUGCCCGACCGGGACGGCUACAGCAACAGCGGCGGCGAUGAAACGGGUGGUGACGCCGAUGAUAUUUGCCGGGAUUUCCUUCGGAACGUUUGUAAACGGGGCAAACGGUGCCGGUUUCGUCACCCCGAUAUCAGCGAAGUGACCAACCUGGGAGUGAGGAAGAACGAAUUCAUCUUCUGUCACGAUUUCCAGAACAAAGAAUGCGUGAGACUCAACUGCCGCUUCAUCCACGGCACCAAAGAGGACGAGGAUUGUUAUAAGAAAACAGGGGAGCUGCCCCCUCGUCUGCGCCAGAAGGUGGCGGCAGGACUCGGCCUUUCACCCGCCGACCUGCCCAACAGCAAAGAGGAGGUGCCCAUUUGUAGGGACUUCUUAAAGGGUGAUUGCCAACGAGGAGCCAAGUGUAAGUUCCAGCACCUUCAGAGGGACUAUGAGUACGAGGCACGGGGUAUGGCCACCCGUGAGCCGGGUAUGGUGGCUGCCGUGCGUCGUUACGACCCUUAUGAUGCCAUAUAUGAUGGGGAUCGUUACGACGACCACGAGCCCCUGUUGAAGAGGCGGAGGGUGGACGGGUUGUCCUUUGAGACCUACGAAUACAGCUUCGCCAACCCACGGACAGUGGAGUAUCGGCUGCUGGAGGAGGAGAACAUCAUGCUGAGAAAGCGAGUGGAGGAUCUCAAGAAGCAGGUGAACAACCUGAUGGCGACCAACGAGGUGUUAUUGGAGCAGAACGCCCAAUUCCGGAACCAGGCCAAGGUGAUGACGUUGAGCUCCACGGCCACGGCCACCGAGCAGACUCUGGCCCCCACCGUGGGCACCGUCACCAAUUACAACCACAGCAUCGCUCAGACCCACACCACGCUCAGCAGCCAGGCCUUGCAGCCCCGGCCCGUCUCCCAACAGGAUUUAGUAGCACCUGCUGGUGCUCAGGCUGCACCCCCAGCCAACGCCGCUCCCCCAAUGAACCCCGAAAUCACCCCUCUCUCAGCAGCCCUGGCACAGACCAUUGCUCAGGGCAUGGCUCCCCCCGUCUCUAUGGCCCCGGUGGCCGUUUCGGUGGCUCCGGUGGCCGUGUCCAUGGCGCAGCCGUUGGGAGGCAUCACCAUGAGCCACGCCACCACCCCCAUGGUGACGUACCCCAUCGCCUCGCAGAGCAUGAGGAUAACGGCCAUGCCCCACUGACGGCCCCAAAACCCCUUUCCUCCCCCCCUCCCACCCUGUGCCCACACUUUGGCCUCUGACUUUGGGGGCUGAGAGAACUGAGGAACCCUCGGGACCCUUUGUAUCCACAUUGAGGAUGGAGGAUGCGUCUCCUCCUGACCUUCAGCCUCGUGGAGGUGGAUUCAGGGAUGAGGGAUGAAUGGUGGGGGGGGGGUACCCGCUGCCCCCACCCUCUUUAUAGCCCCUGAAAUGGGACAGAGGGACAGAGGGAUGACCCUGGGACAGAAGGACAAGCUGCGGGGAUCCUUCCUGCCUCUUAUUAUGGGGGCUGUACCCGGUGGAGAUGGGGGGGGGGGCAUCACCAGGACCCUCAUCGCAGCCCCCCCCCCUCCCCAAGCCGAGUUCCGUGUAACGUUUUCAGCCAUUAAACACAGUGACUCCA